GAGCAAUUUCUUUGGUACCUCGUUCACUCAGUGUUGGUUGUGUACUUAGAACAUCCGAGCAGAUUUCAGGCGGAACCAUCGGGCUAUACCCAUGCUGGGGAUUUGGCUUUGUUUUUUCCCGCAAAUGCAAAAGGAAAAAAUAUGCAACGAAGCAUCGCUCUGCUCUGCACCAGCGUUAUCGGGCUCUGCUUUGGUUCGAGUUUUCCAAGUAAUAUCAACAUAGGAGGAUUAUUCCCCGCCGAGUCACACGAAUAUGAAGUGUUCCGAUUUGCGCUUUCGCACCAUCAGGACAUUCCCAAACUGGUACCUCAAGUAGAUAUGGUGAAGAUGGGCAACAGCUUCUCCAUGACUUAUGCCUUUUGUUCACAGUUUGCAAAAGGAGUGUAUGCCAUCAUUGGUGUGUACGACAGGAAGACGGUGAGCAUGCUGAUGUCAUUUUGCGGCGCACUGCACGUCUGUUUUGUGACACCCAGCUUCCCCAUUGAGGCCUCCAACCAAUUUGUGAUUCAACUGCGGCCGGAGUUGCAGGAUGCCUUGGUGGGAGCCAUUGAACACUACAAGUGGACCAAGUUUGUCUACAUGUAUAGCUCUGACUCAGGACUAAUCGUUCUGCAGAAGGUUCUGGACACAGCAGCUGAGCGAAACUGGCUGGUGACCUCAGUGAACGUGGAGACCAUGACUGAAGCAUCGUUCCUUAAAGUCUUUCAGGACCUAGACAAUAGAAAGGAAGGACAGAUCAUAAUUGAUUGUGAGCUAGAGUGUCUCAGCUCCAUCCUAAAGAAGAUUGUAGGACUGGGAAAAAACCUCAAGAGUUAUCACUACAUACUGGCAAACCUGGGCCUUAUGGACGUUGACCUGACCCAUUUUAAAAAAGGUGAAGCUAAUGUGACAGGCUUCCAGCUUGUGAACUAUGCCGAUCCAGGUGUUAGCAGAAUAGUUCAGCAGUGGAUGGACUUUGACAACAAAGACUCCAAAGUUCCAAAGAAAAGAUUCAAGUACACUGGAGCUCUCACUUAUGAUGGUGUUAAAGUGAUGUCUACAGCUUUUCAGAAUCUCCGCAGGCAGAGGAUUGACAUAUCACGCCGUGGCAACGCUGGUGAAUGCCUUGCAAACCCUCCAGCCCCCUGGGGCCAGGGCAUUGACAUUCAAAGAGCUUUGCAGCAGGUUCGCAUUGAAGGUGUAACAGGACACAUCCAGUUUAAUGAGAAAGGUCGGCGAAUCAACUACACCAUCAAUGUGAUGGAACUAAAGGCUACAGGAACAGAAAAAGUUGGAUACUGGAAUGAAGAUGAGAAAUUUGUGAGCACGGCAGCCUACAUGUCUGGAAGUAACGAUACCUAUGGAGUUCAGAACCGCACAUAUAUCGUCUCUACCAUCUUGGAAUCUCCAUAUGUGAUGUUGAAGAAGAAUCAUGAAAAGUUGUCAGGAAAUGAUAAGUAUGAAGGCUACUGUGUGGAACUGGCAGCAGAAAUAGCCAAGCAUGUGGGAUACAUAUACAAACUCAAGAUUGUGCCUGAUGGAAAGUAUGGAGCCAAAGAUCCAGAGACAAAGAUGUGGAAUGGGAUGGUUGGGGAACUGGUUUAUGGAAAGGCCGAUGUUGCAGUGGCACCACUGACCAUCACGUUGGUGAGAGAGGAAGUCAUUGACUUCUCCAAGCCCUUCAUGAGCCUGGGUAUUUCAAUUAUGAUCAAGAAACCAACCAAGUCUAAACCAGGAGUCUUCUCUUUUCUUGACCCACUGGCAUAUGAGAUUUGGAUGUGUAUCGUGUUUGCCUACAUUGGCGUGAGUGUUGUGCUCUUUCUGGUCAGCCGCUUUAGCCCAUAUGAGUGGCAUGCUGAUGACUAUGAGGAAAACGGAGAAGCCAGUACCAACCAGGCUGGAACCUUAACAGGCCAGAAUGCCCAGAAUCAGGCCCAACAGAACCAGGAGCAGUCCAAUGAAUUUGGCAUCUUUAACAGCCUAUGGUUUUCUUUAGGAGCUUUCAUGCAGCAAGGCUGUGACAUCUCACCCAGAUCUCUCUCGGGCCGAAUCGUGGGUGGUGUCUGGUGGUUCUUCACCCUCAUCAUCAUUUCGUCCUACACAGCUAACCUGGCAGCCUUCCUCACUGUAGAGAGGAUGGUUUCCCCUAUCGAGAGUGCUGAAGACUUGGCCAAGCAAACGGAAAUCGCUUAUGGUACACUCGAUGCUGGCUCAACCAAAGAGUUCUUUAGGAGGUCGAAGAUUGCUGUUUUUGAAAAGAUGUGGUCCUAUAUGAAGUCUGCCGACCCAUCUGUUUUCGUGAAGACUACUGAUGAAGGCGUUUUUAGAGUUAGGAAGUCUAAAGGAAAGUAUGCCUACCUGCUAGAGUCCACCAUGAAUGAAUACAUCGAACAGCGCAAACCCUGUGAUACCAUGAAGGUGGGCGGGAAUUUGGACUCUAAGGGUUAUGGUGUCGCUACCCCAAAAGGAUCACCCCUCAGAAACCGAGUAAACCUGGCAGUGUUAAAACUGAAUGAGCAGGGCCUGUUGGACAAAUUGAAAAACAAAUGGUGGUACGACAAGGGCGAGUGUGGCAGCGGGGGAGGUGAUUCAAAGGACAAGACAAGUGCAUUGAGUCUCAGUAAUGUGGCUGGAGUUUUUUACAUUCUAAUCGGCGGCCUGGGCCUGGCCAUGCUGGUAGCACUGGUGGAAUUCUGCUACAAGUCAAGGACCGAGUCUCGCAGGAUGAAGCAAUCCAUCGAUGAUGCCAUGCACUGCACCACACUGACCCGGAUGAGUGGCAACAGCAGCGGUGGGGAGAAUGGCCGCAUCGUUGCCCAUGACUUCCCUAAAGCUGUUCAGACAUUACCGUGCAUGAGCCACACAGCCGCCAUGGGCCUUGGAGCCUCAGGCAUGUGACUGGUACCACACAGACAUUGUCCCCCAACUGACCAGGGAUGCUCCGUACUGCCAAAAUGCACUCACAGACUGCUCUCUGCAAAACUGACUACCCAUGAAAUGAUUUUCUUAUGUAAGAAAAAAAAAUGUUUUGAUGGAGAGAAAAGAAUACAGAAAGUAGGAUGUUGUGCAAUAUGAUGCUGAGGGACACCUUUUAGUAGUGUUCAUUAAAAGAAGAAAAAGAAAGUUGUGUUGAUACCAUGCCAGUCUAACAGAGCUGAUUACUUCUGUCUCUAAGUGUGCAAUAUCUUGGUUUAUACCACUGUUCUAUAAUGUUGUCUCCUACCUUAUUUCCUCUAGGGAAAAAAAAAGGAUCACAUAAAAUAUGUGGUAUUUUGCACAGAUUAUUGUAUGGCUCAUAUGUUGUAAUGACUACAACAGUGAGUCUGUUUUAUGGACUGAAAUUUAAAAUACAUGCACAUAGAGCCUAGACCUGGUGGACAAUGUUACUGAUUUUAUUCCACCAUUAACUUCGCUUAGCCUAAUUGGGGAAAGAAAAAAAGAUCAAAUUGUCAGUCUGUUAAUAGUGUUAAUAAUUCAAUGUAAAUCUUAACUGGGGCAAUGGGAGAAUAUUUGUUGUUGAUCAGCAGAGCAUAGCAUACUGAACAUGUUGAUUAUCUUGCUGUUUUUUUAUGUCUUUUUUUGUUUUGUUUUUUGUUUUUUUUCACCUCAACAACCUUGCAUUGCUGCUACGCCUCAUUAAAGGUGCCAUACCUCAUUUGUGCCAAGAUUGACUUGGGAGUGUGUUCUGUGUUUGAAUCUGCAAUUUCAUCAGGAGCACUUACAGAAGGGCAUCGGAAAAAUGUCACAAGCUACUGUGGAUAAAGAGCUUUUUAAGUAUUUUCUCCCUGUCAUUUCAAUGUCAUUCUUCUGCCCUUCAAGUAUAGUAUUGUAUUUUGUGCACAGAGCCAAAGCUAAGGAUUUUUGAAGCGUUGCUACAGUAUAGCUAUCCUUUUGAUAAGAUGUUCUUUUUACAUCAGUCACUGCAAAUGAACAUUCCUCAACUGCCUUGUACUUCUAACGAAUCUGUAUGACGGAGUGACCUAAAAGCGAGUUUCAUUUUAGAACCUGACGUAUGUGUCAUUUUAUAACUAAGUUCUGAGACUGUAAAUGGAGCAAGUGCUUAAGGACGGUGGCCUGCCUAUAAUCUCUCUCUCUCUCUCUCUCUCUCUCUCUCUCUCUCUCUCUCUCUGUGCACAUAUGCUUUAAGAAAGGUUUUUCAGCAUAUCCGAAACUUUUAGUGAAAAAGAUUAUUACUAACAGUGAAAAAUAACUAAGAUCUGUGUUUAAGUCAUGUUUGCUCCAUUCUGAUGCAUUGGAUUUAAAAUAAAGGAGCUUCCCAAGAGUACUAUGCUUUCACACCACAUACUAUGCUUUGUCCUCUGUGUAAACAAAGAGUGCUUUGUACUUCCUUCACUCUCUGUUCUUGCUUCUUUCAUGUCUUUUAUGAAGGCACAGGAGUCUGGGCUGCUUUGUGGCCACAUGUUUUGAACAUAUUUUAUACACAGUAACAGAUUUGUAAUGGCUGACAGAGACAAUGAGUAAUAGUACGGUAAGGGUUAUGAGAGUUGUGUGAUUUGCUGUUUUUCAUAUGAACUUGUAGGUUGAGGCAAUGCUUCGUUAAUGUAAAGGGAUGUAUUUAUUACAGAGAUAAGAAUUAUUAGGCAGUUCAUUGAGAUACUUUGUGUUUCUGGUUAACAAUGUUACUUUUUUUUGUGGUUGCAAUGCCAAAACGAUCUUCAGUGCUUACACUGCACAAUGAUGUGAUCUGUUUAUUUAUGUUCAUUUGUUGGGUUUAUGUUGAUCAUAAUGAAUCAGUGUGGUUGCAGAAAAAUGGUAUGGAUGGAAAACAAGAAAUCAAUAAUAAGUUCAAAA